AUGUCUAUGCCUGGUAGCCUCUACGUCACGAUGCAGCCCAAGCCUGGGCUGUCUCUAGACCAAUUCCACGAGUGGUAUAAUAACGAGCAUGGCCCGACCCGUUUGCGUCUCCCGCAGAUAUUCUCCAAUGGUCUUCGAUACAGAGCGACCGAUGGUCAGGAACCUAAGUACCUUGCUGCUUACGACGUGACGUCCAUGUCACAGCUCGAAACCGAGACAUACCUGACUUUGCGCGCAAACCGAUCUGCUCGAGAAGCCGAGACAAUUGGACAAGUAGACGUUAAGCGUUAUUUCUGGGACUUGGUCCACUCGAAAGAGUCUCCGAACUUCACGCCGUUGGAGAAGUUGACCGAUAACGAAGCUGAGGGUAUCCAGACUACUGCCGUCACAAUUGAGCUCAAGGACGCUGAGGGAGCGCAAGAGGAAUACCAAAAGUGGUUGGUUGAAGAACAUAUCCCCAUGUUGGCCAAGGUCCCUGGCUGGUUGCGCUCACGCGCCUACAAAACCUCGUACCUCGAGGGUCAGGGCAAGACCACUUUCCUUGCGCUGCACGACUAUGCCAAGGAGAAUGGUCAGGGUGGUGAGGAGCAUAAGGCUUCUAUGGAUACUCCUUGGAGAACCCAAGUCUUUGACAAAUAUGUUGCUUCCAAAGGCCGAAGGACAUACUCUCUGUUUUACGUCUUUGGUCCGGCUCCUCGAGAGCUGUCAUCACUGUCAAAGCUCCCAUCUACAGCUGCCUUUACCUCUCCCGACACUAAGCAAUCGACCACUCCAGGCCCCAAUGCCGCCAUUAACUCCUUCAUCACGACUUCAGACUCUCUGAACAUCCCAUAUCGACUGGAGGGCAACCCAGACCCCAAGGCUCCUACAGUGGCAUUCUGCAAUUCGUUGUUGACUUCGCUUCACAUGUGGGAUCCUUUCGUGGAUAUUCUCAAGCGAGAGCGCCCCGACUUGCGUAUUCUGCGAUACGAUACUCGUGGCCGACACUCUGUACCCCAACCUCCAGUUGCCGCCACUGUGGAUCAAUUGGCCGACGAUCUUGUAACAGUACUCGAUGCUGUCCGCAUUACGAAGCUGCAUACCCUAAUUGGCGUUUCUAUGGGCGGUGUUACAACCCUCAACUUCGCUAUCAAGUACCCUGAAAGACUCGAGCAGUUCAUUGCCUGCGAUUUCAACCCUACAUCAAGCGCCGCAAACACACAAGCAUGGAAGGAUCGCACAGCUAUGGCCGAGGAAGAUAACGGCAACGGGAUCAAGAAGCUUGCUGGAGAAACCGUUCAGCGAUGGUUCCAUCCUUCUACAAAUACUGAGACAGUCAAGUGGAUGACAGAGAUCGUGGCUACGAAUGACGUCGAGGGCUUCAAGUACAGCAACACAGCUCUUUGGAAUUACGAUCUUAAGCCCAAGAUGGGCGACUGCAAAGUGCGCGGAUUGUUCGUUGUCGGAGACGAGGAUGCCAAGGGUGCUCUUGUCAAGGCCAUGGAUGCAAGCAAGGGACUACUUGGCGACAAGGGUGCGGAGUUGAAGAUUGUUCCUCAGACAGGGCAUCUUCCUAUGUCCGAAAGUCCUCAGGCGUUCUGGGAAGCCAUUCGAGAUUUCUUGUAA